AUGCUCGCAACGUCGACACGGCCUGCGCCCAAUGCAGGUCGCAACGGAAAUGGAAAACCUGCCUAUCACACCGUGACCGCGCUGAAGCGAUGGUCAUGCGACGACAAUGAUCUGCCUCCUAUGGCCGAUAUCAAGUCUAUCCACAUCUACGACUUCGACAAUACGUUAUUUGCGAGUCCACUGCCGAACAAACAGAUCUGGAACGGCCCUACCGUGGGUCAGCUUGCAUCGCCCGAUGUGUUCAUAAACGGAGGCUGGUGGCACGACUCGAGCAUCCUCGCCGCGACCGGCGAAGGUGCCGACAAAGAAGAAGUGCGCGCCUGGAAAGGUUGGUGGAACGAGAACAUCGUACAGCUCGUCGAGCUGUCUAUGCAACAGAAGGAUGCGUUGAGUGUCCUCCUCACCGGCCGCUCAGAGCAUGGAUUUUCCGAAUUGAUCAAGCGCAUCAUACGAAGCAAGAACUUGAAGUUUGAUAUGGUCUGCCUCAAGCCGAAUGUUGGGCCCGCUGGUCAGAAGUUUACGUCCACGAUGAACUUCAAGCAAGAGCUGCUGAAAGAUAUUGUCUAUACGUACAAGGACGCAAACGAAAUCCGGAUAUAUGAAGAUCGCGUAAAGCACACGAAAGGUUUCCGCGACUUCUUCUUCCAAUUCAAUAAGGACUUGAUGAACGGCCAACUUCCGACGUCGCGGCAGGCCAUCGUUGCAGAAGUUGUACAGGUCGAAGAGAAUGCCACUCAGCUGGACCCUGUCACGGAGAUCGCAGAGAUCCAGCGCAUCAUCAACUCUCACAAUUCUCAGGUCCAGGCUGGCACCACCCCCCGGGGAAUGCCUCCUUACCAGAUCAAGAAGACCGUCUUCUACACUGGGUACAUGAUCGCAAGGGACAUGAGCGACAGGCUGGCUUCGUUGGUGAAGCUGCCCCAGGGUACUCCAGAGGGCGACGUUCGAUACCUUGCGAACAGCAUCCUCAUCACGCCGAAGCCCGCGCCAAAGAGCAUACUUGAUAAGGUUGGAGGUAUCGGGAACAAGGUGGUUUGGAAGGUCACGGGCAUUUCGUGCUUUGAGAACAAGCUUUGGGCUGCCCGUGUCGAGCCCAUCCCCAAGACGACCAAAUACUACUCAGAAAACCCAAGCCCUACUGUGGUCCUCGCUAUUAGGAAAGGCGGACGACCAGCCGAUGCGGCUCGGAUCCAGAAUUGGCACCCGGUCCCCGAUGAAGAGGCGCACAUCUUCGAGAGUGUGGUCGGCGAGAAGGUCGUAUUGCGGAUUGAGGAGGAGCACGCGAAUGAGAGUCGGUACGAGAGCUACUUCCCAAACAAAGGACACAACAAGCGGGCGCACUCUGAAGAUGGAAAUGGCCGACCUCCGCAGCAACGACCAAAAGGCCCUGGAGGUUACCGUGGCGGCAAUCGCGAUCGCGGUCACGGCGGCUUUAGGAACUUUUCGACUGGCGGGAGAGGAGGUCGCGGCGGCGGUGGUCACCGAGGUGAUCGCAGCGGCGGCGGACGAGGGCGUGGCCGGGGAGCGGGUCCGUCAUCAAGCUACCGGAGUCUUGAUGAUGUCGACAGAAAUGGACCGGGUCAAGCUGGUCCCGAUUCGUACUACUGA